GCGACAAACCUCAUUCAAGACGCAGAACACAAUUAAUAAUCGUAGAAGAAGAAAUAUCACCGGAAGCGGAUUGUAAUAACUCGCGCAAACUCGUUUUUAAAUAAGCACACUUGAUUAAAUAAUGAAUUAGGUUUUGCUGAAGCCGAAGACUUCUUUUUAGCGUAAUAAUGUCGGGAAUACCUCCAGACACAUGGCAGCCGCCGACGGUGGCUUUGGAGACGACGAUGGGGACGGUUGUGGUGGAGCUGUACUGGAACCAUGCUCCAAAAACCUGCAAGAACUUUGCAGAACUCUCCAGACGAGGUUACUACAACAACACGAGGUUUCACCGGAUUAUUAAAGACUUCAUGGUGCAGGGGGGAGACCCUACAGGGACAGGCCGAGGUGGUGCCUCCAUAUACGGUAAACAAUUUGAAGAUGAACUCCACCCAGAGCUAAAAUUUACAGGAGCUGGAAUUCUUGCGAUGGCCAACGCUGGACCUGACACCAAUGGCAGUCAGUUCUUCCUCACUCUCGGACCCACCCAGUGGUUGGAUGGAAAGCACAGUAUUUUUGGAAGAGUAUGCCAGGGGAUCGGAGUGCUGAACCGGAUUGGGAUGGUGGAAACAAACAGUCAAGAUCGUCCAGCUGAUGAUAUCAAAAUUGUCAGAGCUACUGUUCCUAAUUAGAAAAACGUUUGCUUUUUUCUGUUCAUUUUUUGUAUUUUUCUUAUACUUUUUAAAAUAAACAC